CUCGGGGCCUUGCGGCUUCGGGGCUGCAGCCGGUGCGCCCUUCGCAGAGCGACCCCCGGAGUAGGGGCCUUCGCGCAGACCGGGCUCCAGGUUGCCGACCCCGCGCCCGCGGGACUCCGCUGCCGCCGCGGUCCCAGCCAUGCCCAGCCUCAGAGCUCGCCCCGAAGAGACAGAAAUGGAGCCCUCGGUUCCUGGACCAUCCCCUUGGACCCCCACAGCCCAGGCCUGUGUGAGUGAUGCUCCCAGUGUGACCCACCCUGGAUCUGCCCUCCGUGGUCCCCUCUGCUGUGGCAACACUGAGCCAAGAACCACCUCCCAUCACCAUCAGCAGCCAGAUUGGGACACCAGGACUGAAGGCAAGGAAUUUCUUCAGAAGGAGGAAGUUUCUGAGAAUUUGGAACUACAGGCAGGAAUGUCAGAAAACUAUACCAGUGAUGUUUCCCAGGCACCUGAGCUUGGAGAACUCUGUGACGAUGUGUUAGAAAGAGACUGGGGAGUCCCUGAUGACGAGACACGGGUGCAGUCCCUCUGCCGGAAGGGGGACUUCACACCAGUGGCCGUGCUUCCUAAGGGCCCUUUAGGAGAGAGUGAGCUGGACUCGGAUGAUUUUGAGAGAAACUUCAGUCUGAGCCCAAACCCAGUGGCAUAUCCGGGAGUCCCUGUGGAAGAGAGACUGCCUCCGUACGACCUGUGUGGCCAGAGCUUCCAACACGGCGUGGACCUGUUUAGCUGUGAGGGGCUUCGCACAGCUGAAAGCCCAUUCAUUUGCAAUGAGUGUGGGAAAACCUUCAGCCAGAACUCAGUUCUUAGGAAUCAUCAGAGGUCUCAUGUGCGUGAGAAGCCGUAUGAGUGCAGUGUAUGUGGGAAGGUCUUCAGUGUGCACUCAAACCUCGUGAGGCACCAGGUGAACCAUGGUGGAGAGAAGCCUUAUGUGUGCAGUGAAUGUGGAAAGGCUUUCAGCCAGAGCUCGAGCCUUAAAAAGCACCAGAAGUCCCACGUGAGUGAGAAGCCCUACGAGUGCAGCGAAUGUGGGAAGGCCUUCAGGCGGAGCUCAAACCUCAUCCAGCAUCAGAGAAUCCACUCCGGGGAGAAGCCGUACGUGUGCAGUGAAUGUGGGAAGGCCUUCAGGCGGAGCUCAAACCUCAUUAAACACCACAGGAUCCACACAGGCGAGAAGCCUUUUGAGUGCAAUGAGUGUGGGAAAGCUUUCAGCCAGAGCUCACACCUGCGGAAGCAUCAGCGGGUCCACACUGGAGAGAGACCUUAUGAGUGUAACGAGUGCGGCAAACCCUUCAGCCGGGUCUCCAAUCUCAUUAAGCACCACAGGGUCCACACUGGAGAGAAACCCUAUAAGUGCAGUGACUGCGGAAAGGCCUUCAGUCAGAGUUCGAGCCUCAUUCAGCACCGGAGAAUUCACACUGGAGAAAAGCCUCACGUGUGUAGUGUGUGUGGGAAAGCCUUCAGUUACAGCUCGGUGCUCAGAAAGCACCAGAUAAUCCACACAGGGGAGAAGCCAUAUGAGUGUGGCGUCUGCGGGAAGGCCUUCAGCCACAGCUCAGCCCUCAUUCAGCAUCAGGGCGUCCACACAGGCGACAAGCCCUACGAGUGUCACGAGUGCGGGAAGACGUUCGGUCGCAGCUCCAACCUUAUCCUCCACCAGCGAGUUCACACUGGAGAGAAACCCUAUGAAUGUACUGAAUGUGGGAAAACCUUCAGCCAGAGCUCAACUCUCAUUCAGCAUCAGAGAAUCCAUAAUGGAUUGAAGCCCCAUGAGUGUAACCAGUGUGGUAAAACCUUCAAUCGAAGCUCAAACCUCAUCCACCACCAGAAAGUUCACACUGGGGAGAAGCCGUACAUGUGUGUUGAAUGUGGUAAGGGCUUCAGUCAGAGUUCACACCUUAUUCAGCAUCAGAUAAUCCACACUGGUGAGAGGCCCUAUAAGUGCAAUGAGUGUGGGAAGUCCUUCAGCCAGCGUUCAGUCCUUAUCCAGCACCAGAGGAUUCACACUGGGGUGAAGCCCUACGACUGCACUGCUUGUGGGAAAGCCUUCAGCCAGCGGUCGAAGUUGGUCAAGCACCAGCUGAUCCACACCAGGGAGUGAAACUGAGUGUGCUCUCCCUCCAGCUCACUGGCCGUGUCUCAGCCUCUCCAAGCUCCCAGACCUGAAGCCAGGCCCACCCGCUGCCCUCCACGCCACGUCUCUCCAUCCACAAAGCUGGGCCUUCUUUUGAGACAUCCUUUACAGGCUCCCUUCCCUCCUUCCCCCUGCUGUCACUCCUGCCUCAUGUGCCCUCUUGUUUCUUCUUUGUUUUGUUUUACAUUUUAUCAUCAGACUGCCAUAUUUGUUAGGUGGGAAAAGAUGAUAGAGGCUGCAUAUUCAUGAAUAGAGUUUAUUACUGUAAUCAAACGUAACCAAAAAAGUAAACUGACGUUUGGUUCAGGAUAA